CUCCCUUCCCAGAGGUUACAGGAGGCAGCAUUGAACAGGACUCAAGUUGCGAGUGCGCACCAAGUAAGGGAAGUCGUGCGCAGUAAAGUCGGCAGCAAAGUAAGCGUGUGCACUUGACAGGUGGCGCGAGAUCCCUUUGAGAAGAAGUUGAUGUUUGGUUGGAGACCCUGCUUCAACAAGAUGGCAGCCAGUUGAGGCGAGUGAAGCAAGACCAGGUCUGAAGACAUUUGAGUCCGCCAUGGCAGGCCUUGCUGAGAAAUGUGCUGCAGCUUUGCUCCUGCUGUGGACCUCCUGCGUGGCGGCGGACAUGUCCUUCAGUAACUUCUCGCUGGACAACGAAUUCCACUCCAGCUUCAUCUACCGCCGCUUGAGGAGUCAGGAGCGCAGGGAGAUCCAGCGGGAGAUCUUGUCCAUCCUGGGACUGCCGCACCGGCCUCGACCUCACCUGCUCGGCAAGCACAACUCUGCUCCCAUGUUCAUGCUGGACUUGUACCGGUCCAUGUCCUCGGGGGGGGACCAGGACGGCUUCUCGUAUCCUCACAGGCCCGUCUUCACCACGCAGGGCCCGCCCAUCGCCAGUUUCCAAGACAACAACUUCCUGAACGACGCUGACAUGGUGAUGAGCUUUGUCAACCUAGUGGAGCGUGACAAAGAAUUCCUGCCAGUGCGGCGACAUCAUCGAGAAUUCCGAUUCGACGUGUCGCAGAUUCCCGAGGGCGAGGCGGUCACAGCCGCUGAGUUUCGUAUUUAUAAAGACUUUGUCCACGAGCGCUUGGAGAACGAGACCUUUCGAAUCAGUGUCUACCAGGUGUUGCAGGAGCACACUGACAGGUACAGAGAGGCCGACCUGUUCCUCCUGGACUCCCGCGUCAUCUGGGCCACAGAAGAGGGCUGGCUGGUGUUCGACGUGACGGCCACCAGCAACCAUUGGGUCCUGAACCCGGGAAGGAACUUGGGUCUACAGCUGGCUCUGGAAGCCACAAACGGAGAAAGCAUUAACCCUCGCAUGGCCGGGCUGAUUGGGCGGAGUGGCCCUCUGAACAAACAGCCCUUCAUGGUGGCCUUCUUCAAAGCCACCGAGGUGCACCUGCGAAGCAUUCGCUCGGCACAAGGGGGCGCUAAACAGCGCAACACCAACCGCUCCAAAGGGAGUAAGAGCCAGGAGGCGCUCAGAGUGGCAAACAUUGCAGAGAACAGCAGCACGGAUCUGAAGCAGGCCUGCAAGAAGCACGAGCUCUACGUCAGCUUCCGAGACCUCGGGUGGCAGGACUGGAUCAUCGCCCCUGAAGGUUACGCCGCGUACUACUGCGAGGGCGAGUGCGCCUUCCCGCUCAACUCCUACAUGAACGCCACCAACCACGCCAUCGUGCAGACUCUGGUUCACUUCAUCAACCCCGACACCGUUCCAAAACCUUGCUGCGCUCCCACGCAGCUCCACGCCAUGUCCGUGCUUUACUACGACGACAGCUCCAACGUCAUCCUCAAAAAGUACCGCAACAUGGUGGUCAGAGCUUGUGGAUGCCACUAGACCACUGACACACGCACACACACACACACACACACACACACACACACACACACACACACACACACACACACACACACACACACACACACACUCUUUUGUGCUUUCUACUGUGUACACAAGACAUUUGAAGACAUUUUCUAUUCACGUGUACAAUAGUGUGUAAAUAAUGUUGUCAAAUGUGUAUUUAUUAGGCUUUUAUGUCGCUAAAUGUCGCAGGUAGAAGUUUUGUGUUGACAUUUGGUCACUUUUUUUCUUCCCCAGCUGUAAUAAAAUAUGUCGGUGAAUUUA